AUGUCCUGGCAGAUCAUCCUCGACUACCCGCUCCGCAUUGACGACGAGAAUCCCACAGUCGAGCCCGACGUCGACGUCUACGACAUCGACAUGUUUCUUAGCCAGAACAACACCGUCAUAGCCAACCUUCACAAGCUCGGCAAAAAGGUCAUAUGCUACUUCAGCGCUGGCUCAUACGAACCGUGGCGACCCGAUGCACACAAGUUUCUAGACUCGGACCUCGGAAACACAUUAGCUGGCUGGGCGAAUGAGCGGUGGCUGAACAUCAGCAGCCCGUCGGUCCGGGCUAUCAUGGCCUCGAGGAUCGAAACGGCCAGCAAGGUUGGCUGCGAUGCCAUCGACCCGGACAACGUGGACGGCUACCAGAAUGACAGCGGUCUGGAUCUGACAGCUGCGAGCUCUAUCCAGUUCCUCAACUUCCUCGCCGGUCUGGCCCGCGAACACAAUCUCGCAAUCGGGCUCAAGAACUCCCUGGACAUCAUCAAGGACGUGCUGCACCUCGUUCAGUUCUCGGUCAACGAAGAGUGCGCGAACUACCACGAAUGUUCCGCUUUCUCGGCCUUCAUCCAGGACAACAAGCCCGUCUUCCACGUCGAGUAUCCUGCCGGAGCCCCGGGAGCAAUAUCUGCAAAGGAACAGCAGGACUCAUGCGAAGCAUCUGGGGCGACUGGCUUCAGCACGGUCUUGAAAACACUCGAGCUCACAAGCUGGGUCGAGUACUGUAGUGGCCAGACAGCAAACACUUCAGUGAUCAUCACAACAGCGGUGUGA